AUGGCGGCAGCAUCUCGUGGCUUCGAGUCGUCUUCCUACUUCAAUCCCAGCCCUACCAACGCAGCAUCUAGCGAAUCGAGAGGCAACUCUGCAUCGAGUUUCAGCCGAAUGCCUCUGUACGAAGACGAUGCUCUUGGCCAUUCUCCCUUGUGCGGUGAAGAGACACCUGCUUCACCCGACUCGCAGUGGACCUCCAAUUCGACAUCAAUUCUGGCCCAUCAGCGAGAGCAGGUUGGAUCAGCAUCCACGAUCCGGGCCUCGAGUACCGUUUCCACUGUCCCGCACACUGCUUACACCAGUCGCCGAUCCCAGACCCCCUUUCUCCGUGGGGACGAGGGCCGCCACGUCAUAUGCGCUGUUAGCGAGGCGCGAGGCAUAACACCAUCAGUCGGGGUGGCUUUCGUCAAUAUUGCUACUGGGGAGGCCAUUCUCAGUCAAAUCAGCGACAGUCAGUUCUACGUCAAGACCUUGCACAAACUCAACAUGCUUGAGCCGUCGCACAUUCUCAUGGUUCCGUCCGCUUGCGCACCGAACCCAUCAUCCUACCUAUACUAUAUGAUUGAACAACACGUCGCUAGCGCGAAGAUUGUCCCCUGGCAUAGAAAGUUCUGGUCUGAGUCAGCCGGGUUGGAGUACAUCAGUGAAUAUGCCUUUCAAGGAGAUGCCGAAGCAAUCCAGGUCGCCAUUCAAGGAAAUUUCUUCACAACUUGUGCUUUUUCUGCGGUCAUGAAACAUCUCGAGGUUGAGCUUUCGCUUAACAUCGUGUCGCACACAUUGCGUAUCCGGUACGAACCGUCCGACCAUACCAUGAUGAUUGAUGUAUCCGCGAUCCAGUCGCUCGAGCUUGUACAAAAUCUCCGGAACUCAAGAUCAAAGGACUCUCUCUAUGGCCUACUCAACCAGACCCUUACGCCGAUGGGUGCUCGGAAGCUCAAAAGUGACAUAUUACAACCAACCACCUUGGUGGAAGAUGUUCUGAAAUGGCGUUACGAAGCUGUAGCAGAGCUGACCUCAUCGGAAGAUAUGUUCAUUGGGGUGCGGAAAGCAUUUGGUACUCAUUCUGUCCAGUUGGUCAUCAUCCCGCAGAGACCAUCGACCGAGGCAUCGGAGUUCGCGUUGAACCAAAUCAUUAUGAUCAAAGCGUUCCUAGCAUCUGUUCCCAACAUAUACCAGGCACUUGGCCCUGCCCAGUGCCAUUUGCUUGUCAAAAUCCGUGAACUUUGUCGACCAGAGAUGACACAACAGGUUCAGGACCUCAUAUCAGAGGCCAUCAACGCCGACGUGACCUUGAUGAAGUCGCCUUUGGAGAUGCGUAAUGCCCGAAUGUUUGCUGUCAAGGGUUUUACGAUCCGCCGCGUCACCCGGACUUAG